UUUGCGGAAGUUCGUCCUGGGCCCAAAAUAGGUUUAUUUUGAGUUUUUCAAACAGUUGAUAUUUUGUUGCUUCAUUGCAUGUUUUAUUCAUUCUCUGCAGUAUGGCGAGGAGAAGUAGAGGUCGCAGUGACGAGACUGAAAUGCGUCCUCUCUUGAACGAUGAUGGAGAAAAUGAUGAUGCAGAUUUUGAACAUACAGCAAACACAGUGCUGUUGACAGUGGGGGACAACCAGGAAAACCCUUCAACAACUCGUGAAAUACAAUAUGGAACAUUCACACAGGCAGCAGGACAUUCCAAUGGCUCUGUUGAAAACAUGAGAUUUAUAGUGCUUGGAAGUGAUAAUAAUCUAAUGAAUAAAGUUCCUGCAUUCAUAUUAGGGGAAAGCCAGUUAGUCAUUGAUGAAAAAAGUAAUAAAGAGCUUUACCUUUUAGAUGCCAUCAGAGAAGCGUUUGGUCAGGAGGCUUUAGACUACAGUAUGGUGCUGUUCAUCAAUGAAUGUCGUCAUAAUCAGCCAAAUGCUAAUCAUUGUGUUAAGGCAUGUGGUAAGAGGUACCAUAUAUUAAAUGGCACAAACCAAAGUGUAGCAGAUUUAUUUGUAAAAGUGGAGAGAAUGAUACAGAAUAAAAAAAGUAAAUGUUUUAUAAAUAAUUUUGAGUUCUUUAAAAAAGUUUCGGCUCAUCUUCACAUGGAAUACAAGAGAAAAUUGACAGAGAUGAAUAAGACAGUGCAAAAUCUACAGAAGAAAAUUAGGGACCUCAAAACAGAAGUUGACCUAAAAGAUGCAAUGCUGCAAGAAGAGAGCCAGAAGUGCAAAGCACUAGAACAGAAACUGACUGAAGCAGGAGUUGAACAAGCCCUGCUAUCAAGAGGACAGCCAAGGACAGCACAAAGACCAGAAGAUGAAGGAGAGACUGAGUCCAGAGAGGAAGAUUCACAAGCCAGUGGAUCACAGACAUUUGUGAGAGUGAGACGGAGCAGCAAGGAAAUUGAUCCACCCAACAUGCCUGAACACAAAGAUGAACGAGAGAUUGAGUCCAGAGAGGAAGAUUCACAAGCCAGUGGAUCACAGACAUUUGUGAGAGUGAGACGGGGCAGCAAGGAAAUUGAUCCACCCAACAUGUCUCAACGCAAAGAUGAAAGAAAAGGACAAGCCAGUGGAUCACAGACAUUUGAAAGAUUGAAAACAUUGAAAGAGGACAGCAAGAAAAUUUAACCACCCAAAAUGUCUAAAAGUGAACUUGGACAUCUGUUUGUUCUCUUAACGGACUGAGGUGAGUUUUGAG